CACUUUCUAAGGCUCCAAAGUCCAAUGGCUGCACAUGCAUUCCAAACCUUUGGGUGGUUCUUCUUCUUCUUCGUAAUCAUCCUCGUCUUCUCUCAGAGCUUGUUCCAUGUGGGGUCCACACAAUCUGUUGUGGGGUCCGAGGAUUUUGAAUGGAUGGAUGAGAAGGAAGACGAUGUGAACAUGGUCCAGACUGGCCAGACUUCUAAGAGAGAGUGCGACUUAUCGGUAGGAAAAUGGAUCUACGACCAAUCAUAUCCGCUCUACGAUGCGAAUUGCCCGUAUGUUAGUUCCAAAGUGAACUGCCAGAGGAAUGGACGGCCGGAUUCUGAUUACGAGAAGUGGAGGUGGAAGCCACGUGGCUGCAACAUCCGCAGGUUCGAUGCAUUGGAUUUUCUUGCAAAGAUGAGAAAGAAACGGCUGAUGCUGGUUGGAGAUUCCAUAAUGAGGAAUCAAUGGGAGUCUCUUGUCUGCUUGAUUGAAUCUGUCAUCCCUCCUCAGAGUAAGACCGUGUAUUAUGAUGGCCCAUCAAUGGCCUUCCAAGCCUCGGACUUUGAGGCGUCGAUCGAGUUCUCAUGGGCCCCUUUCCUUGUUGAACUGAAAGUGGGGUCCAGUAACAAAAGAAUUCUAGAGCUGGAUUCCAUUGAAGAGAAUGCUAGAUACUGGAGAGGAGUUGAUAUUCUGGUGUUUGAUUCAGCUCACUGGUGGACCCACUCGGCCGAAUGGAGCUCGUGGGACUACUACAUGGAAGGAAAGAGGCUAUUCACCAAUUUAAACCCAAUGAUUGCUUAUGAGAAGGGACUCAUCACAUGGGCUAAAUGGGUUGAUUUGAACUUAGACCCUCAAAGAACAAGAGUUAUUUUCCGAAGUGUCUCACCUCGACAUAACAGACAAAAUGGCUUGAAAUGCUACAAUCAAAAGGAGCCACUAGGGUACUUCAAGCACCCACCUCACCUACCUGAACAACUAUCUAUCCUACAACGUGUGCUGAAGAUGAUGAGGUUUCCAGUCCACUUGCAAGACAUCACGCUCAUGUCAGCCCUCCGAAAAGAUGGCCACCCUUCGGUGUACGCUAAGGGAGUGAAUGAGGAAGAGAGGGCUCAUCCAGGAGAACAUUCUCUUGAUUGUAGCCAUUGGUGCCUGCCUGGGGUCCCUGAUACUUGGAAUGAGAUGUUGUAUGCUUUAAUCUAGUGUGAUAAAAUGUAUGUGGAUGGUUAGGAUAAGCUCUUUUCUCCAUCUUUUUCUUUUCUCUUGAAACUAAUGUAAUCUACAAGAUUAUAAAGGACUUGUUCUAGUGGUGUGAUAGAAGUAUUGUGCAAUCUUGGCUAAGUGGUUCUAUAGUCA